UGCAGCGAGGAGGAGGCUUCAAACACUGAAAUUAACGCGGAGUGUGUGUGUAUGUGUGUGUCCCUGCCGCAGUGGAUUAUAUGGACGUGUCUGCACGAAUGCCAAGUUAACAUCUUCUUUUUUUUGUCAUUUGAAUACUUUCAGAGGACGCUUUUGGAAUUCUGAUCUGAACUUUGUUGGAAGAUGGCUAACAAGGCAGCAAAGAGUGGCGCCCUCAGUGUCCUGACCUGGGAGCAGGUGAGCCGGCUGAAUGAGGUCCUGACUGAAGCAGUCCCUGUCCAUGGCCGGGGAAACUUUCCCACGCUGGAGGUACGGCUGAAGGACAUUGUGGCGCGGGUGCGCACCCGCCUUGAGUUAAGCGGGAUCAGGGUGAAGGACAUGCGCCUCAACGGCUCGACAGCCAGCCACGUGCUGGUUCAGGAUAUCGGCUGGAGCUACAAGGACCUUGAUGUCAUCUUCAGGGUGGACCUGCCGCAUGAGGCAGAGUUCCAGCUCAUCAAAGACGUGGUCCUGGGUACCCUGCUGGACUUUCUGCCCGAGGGUGUGAACAAGGAGAAAAUCACCCCCAUGACCCUCAAAGAGGCCUAUGUCCAGAAACUGGUCAAGGUCCACACGGAGCAGGACCGCUGGAGCCUCAUCUCCCUCUCCAACAACAACGGCCGCAACGUGGAGCUGAAGUUUGUGGACUCAAUCCGCCGGCAGUUUGAGUUCAGUGUGGACUCCUUUCAGAUUGUGCUGGACUCUGUGCUGGCCUACUAUGAGCUGUCCAAGACACCCAUGUCACACACCUUCCACCCCACUGUUGUGGGGGAGAGCAUGUAUGGUGACUUUGCCGUGGCUUUGAGCCACCUGCAGAACAAGCUGAUUGCCACCAAGCGACCUGAGGAGAUCCGCGGCGGCGGUCUGUUGAAAUACUGCAACCUGCUGGUGCGGGAUUUCCGGCCCACCAGUGAGGAGGAGUUCAAGGGCCUGGAGCGUUACAUGUGCUCCCGCUUCUUCAUUGACUUCCCUGACAUUGGCGAGCAGCAACGCAAGGUGGAAGCCUACCUCCAGAGCCACUUUGUAGGCGAAGAGAAGAGCAAGUAUGACUACCUCAUGAUCCUGCGGCGAGUGGUCAACGAGAGCACGGUGUGCCUCAUGGGCCACGAGAGGCGGCAGACGCUCCACCUCAUCUCGCUGAUGGCCUUCCGGGUGCUGGCGGAGCAGAACGCCAUCCCCGACGCCUCGAGCGUCACCUGCUACUACCAGCCGGCACCCUACGUUCGAGACCACAACUUCAGCAACUACUAUGUGGCUAACCAGAACAUUCCAACAUGGCUGCCGUGCAACUGACACAACGGAAAACAGACUGAUGGAUGAGGGCCCGCUGCGACUUCAGAGAAGAGAGCAAAAAAAAAAGCGCCAAAAAAAAAAUAAAAUAAAAUAAAAAUUUAGGCCAUAAAUUCUAUUUUUCUCUCAAGAUAUAAAUGAUUAUAUUUAAAUGGACAAGUGUUUUUGCUUUGUUUUGGACUCCUUUCUCAUUCCUUAUCUACAGAAGUGUCAAGGUCAUUGAAUACAAAGUGAUAUUUUUAAGUGUUAUUUUGAUUCUGAUUCUUUUUUUGAUUUUUUUUUUUUUGUUUUUCAGUUCAUCAAACUUUGUUCACAGUGGAGCUGUCUUUUGUGACUUAACCUCCAGGUUUAACCCCAAUAAGAUUAAGUAUGGUCCAUAUUUUGAAGAAGGGGGGGGGGGGUUAUUAUAGCCUUAAAUUUGGUUUUCUCCUGUGAAUGGAAAAAUGUGAAAAGGAAAAAAAAGAAAUAAUUUAAAUAGUAUUGUGGGUGGUAUAAAAGGCACAGGACAAAAAAGGAAAAAAAAAAAUUGCAGCACACCAGUGUUAAAAGGUAAUCCCUAAAAAUGAUGUGGUUGUUUAGCUCACCAGGGAGUGAAUAUGAUUGGCUCAUUGGUCUUUGUAAGUUAAGUAAGACGAGACUCUGAUGAUUCCAUCAUUGCCUCCUGUCAGUCACAUCAGAGGUGAAUGGGAAGUAAGAGGAAUUGCUGGUAUGUUUUAAUUCAUUUUGACAUGUAAAUAGGAAAAGUCCUCCAAGAAAAUGUCUCUCACAGAUAUUUAUGCUCUCUUUUGCUGCCAGGCAUACCUGUGAUUUGUAGACAAUGUAAGAGAAAAUGUGUAUAUUUUAUUUUCCACUGUGAGAAUUGGUCUCAUGGAAGCUCCCUUCCUUCCACUUAUCCAGUUUGGUCAGCUUUUUACUGUCCAGUCUAGAGUGGAAAUCUCCAGUGUGACCAUUUAGGCUUCAUGCGCUACAGAUGAACAAGCUCCUGCGUGUACGAGGAGUUUUAUUUUUCCCGUUUUAAACCACCUCCAAAGCCUCUCUAGUGAGCUCCAGAUGUAAUAGUCUUCUGGCUAUUGAGGGACGGUGACUGACAGGACGGAGUGUGCGAACCCAUUGAGAGAACACGGCUGGCCUGUUUCCCUGGAGCGGGAGCUGGCUGGGAGUCCUGGAGUGCAUGAGGCCGACUGGCUGUCCCUUCCCUUAAAAGGAGCAGCACAUGGCAGGGCCUGCGGGUUGUCCCUCGCAGGCCUUUGCAAGGCUCGACCUGAAAUGGGAUCCUGGUCGGAUGCAGCCUAGCAACUGGCUUUCGACUCUGGGCAGGCUAUAAUUAUCUUUUUUUGGGGGAGGUACCGUCAGAGCAGAGGACUGUGGGUGGCUUUGCAAGCAGCAGCAGCAGCAGCAGUCCUGUCACCUUACAUGUGUGUGAGCCAGUUCACUUCCUGUCCUCUCCUCUCCUCUCCAGAGGCCUGCUGAGAGCACGCAGCGUUUGAACCCCUUUUGUGGUCAUUGGACAACAGAGUAUUACUGGCAUGUUAAGAGAAACGCCAAAGCGUCAGCUAGAGGAAUUCCGUUCCCCUUUCGGACCUGGGAUUUGAUUCGCGGCAUAAGCUACAACUGACAUUUGAGCCCCAAGACCCCCCCACCCCCCAGCUGUGACAGAUUUGAAUCCCUCCGGCAACUUGACUUGUCUAUCGGCCUGUGAAUUUCUAUUUCCAAUCAUAAACUACCCCCUCAGCCUAGCCUCACUCAAAUUAUUUUUGGACACAUGUAGCAUCACACCACCAGCAGUUGGGAUGACUUAAAGCUCUCCUCUUCUCCCUGACAUCAUGGUGUCCAAGUUUGACAUGUAGAAAGUUGCUCUUUAACUCCUUAUGUAAGUGGCAGCUGCUGCUCCUCUGCCCCCCUCCUCUCCGUUCAUCAGAGCCCCCAGGCCUUGUGCUCACACUCCCCCUUCACCGCUGCCGCUCUUCUCACUGCAGCUCGUGCAAAGCUCGUGUUUGUACCAGAUAACCAGAUAUGUCCCUGCUCUCUGGCCCCUCUGUUUCUCGCUGCCUCUUAUCUGGCUGGCUCACAGGUCCCUGCUGCCUGGAUGGCUGCUGGGAGGAAGGUCAGCUCGGCCUCUUCUGUGGAAGGUCACACCCCCGGGUCAGGGCACGCUGUGCUGGCUCAGUCGCCAAGCUUUGACAUAGUAACUGCCACAAAGAGUUGUUAACACCAGGAUAGGUGGCACAAUCUGUCUCUGGACCAAAGUCUCUUUACAACCAGCAGCUAAAGAACUUAAGUGCCUUUCACUUUUUGGGGAUGGUUUUGCUUUUUGAAUUUUUUUUUUCUUUUUGUUUUUGUUUUUGUUUUGGUUGGGAGGGAAGUGGUAGGUUAGCAGAAAUUUUUUAUUGUGAUUUUUCUUUCCUUCCUCCAUAAAAGUCAUCUGUGAUCACUGUAUUUAAUUUUUUUUUUUUUUUUUUUUUUUUUUUUGGGAGAACAUGAGGCUUUUGGUUGAGGAGUAAAUUUGUUUUUGGUUUGAAUUUGAAAUCUAAAUUUUUCCAACAUGUGCUCGUGAUGGAUUAUCAGAUUUUUUUUUUCGUAUGUUGUCAGUAUUUUAUUUUUCUUUUUGCCCCACUCAUUUUUUCCUGUGUCCAGUCCCAAACCACACUUUCCUUUGAAAUCUAGCCGUCUAGUCAUUCCAGUAACUCUGUCACGCUGUUGUUAGCCAUUUCUUUACACCCCCUUCUUGCCUCUUCAUAUCUGACCCUGUGGUUAGACAGGGUUUGGGCCUUGUUCUUCUCGCUGGUAGCCAUGCAGUGUGAUGAUGUUGAUGGCCUAACUUCUGAUGUAUUGUGGCUCGUUGGUCUUUUGAAAUAGUGGGGAUGUCACCUUAAUGACGGUAUAGAGGUCACUGUUGUUUACUCAUAUCUAGCAUUUCUGAAUUUCAGAGGAUGACCUGCAUGGCACCCAGAGAGCAACAGGGCCACACUUGUUUCCCCACAGCUCUGUCCCCAUCCAAACCAAAGCAACACCUGAAGUGCACUGACAAGCCAUACUACCACACAGUAGCUGUCUUGAUGCCCAAACACCACCCCAUUUCUAGUGGAAGCACUUUAGAGAGGCCUUUUUACUCCAAACCCAGCCAGCUUGAGAGGAAUGUAAAUAAGCUAUCACGGUCAAUUGCUGGAGGGAGUUGAGCUGGUUCUCAGGGAGAUGAUGCGUGUUCAAAGGCUUUGUUUUGUACCUUUCUUUUUUCAGGGGGGAUGCUGUGUGCGUGGGCGAGUAUAUUUGAAUUGGCUUAUCAUGUCGAACCCUGACAUCGAGAUCGAGUCCCCUCCCUAUGCCGACCGUAGUUUUUUCGUCUUUUUUCGCAUUCUGCAUUAAUUGUAACUCCGAGACUCACCUGUUUUAUUGCCCUCACUGCUGAGUCUUGUUUGAUUGUGCGUGCUUUAAGUUGGAAGUCGUCUUCAGCUUGUUGGUUCUGUGGCAGCACCUGGUUUUAUCUGUGCAUCCUUGUGCUCUGAAACCUUUUCAUCACUCGGAGGAUAGUCCCCGCUAUUGGAAUCCCUGUCUAGAGCUGUGGGCUGGAUUUUUCAAAACCCUCCCUUUUGGAAAACCUCAGCCCUGAAGCUCUAUCAUUCCCCAAUUUGUUUACCUUCCUGCAGUGAUGAUGAAUGGGUCAUUCAAAGUUUUCGAGCCCCACUGAAAACCAGCAGCCCGGUUGCUGCCACGGAGUCACAGGUUGAAGUCCAUCAAUCUUGACAAGGACCGCACCGAGUUUACGCGGGAUCACAGCCCCCUCCUUGUUUUCUCUUCUUGACGUCACCCGUUUUAAAGCGAGUGAGGUCAAAGAAAAUGUGACAAAAGGUUGCAUUUUCUGGACAAUCAGUGCCAGCCUGAGGUGUGAACACUCAGGACGUGAAUGCUGAGGUGUGUGUUUUUGUGUCGACCGUCAGCCCUGCCUUCACGUGUUUACGGUUAUUGUGUUUUUGUUCAGUUUUUUUUUUCUCUUUCUGCUGACUGAAAGUGUGUGCCUCUUGAAUGGCCAAGGCAGAAAAGCUUUUAUCUUUCACGUAGAUAAGUGCAGGGCGCAACAGGGCUCAGGUUAUGAUAUCACUUCCUGCUUUGGGGUCGAUGUAUGUAUUUCAAGAAGAAAGAUAAAAAAAAAAAGAGAUGAUGAUGUACAUUUUGCCUUUUUCUUUUUCUCACCCCCACUAUUUUUUUCUGCUGUAAUUCCAAGUGAAACUUCAGUGUCAUUUUCCCUGUGCUUCUCUUGCUCUCCUCUCUUUGCUGUCUGACUUGUCUGUGUAUUGGUACAGUUUUUUUGACACCUCUAGAUGUAUUCUUUCCAGGGGGAUUGUAGAGAAAACUGGGGAAUUGAUAUUUUGUGGUUAUGCUUGUCUAAAGAGCAAGUCUUACACCAUGGGAAUGUGAUGGAGGCCUUUUUUGAAGCUCUUUUGUUGUUUCUAAGAGUUAUGGAAUUUUUGCAGCAGAUGGUACGUUAUAUUGUGUGAGUGUGUGCAUGCGUGUGCUUGUUUGCAUGUGUGUAUGAGAGAAUGCCUGUGGAUACAAGUGAAGAAGUGGGGGGGUAUGAAAUUUGUCGCACUAUAUAUAUUUUUUUGAAAUAGUUAAAUGCAAAAAGAGCUUCUUUGUCAGCUUUGUGGUUAUGACAUUGAUGGUGACGUUGAUGGUUACAACCAUUAUACUAUUUCAUUUUUCAGCACUUUUACCUCACUUUAGUUUUCCUUUGGAUGGAAAUGUACAUCAGGAAAAUGUUUGAAGAGGAAAUAAUGAAUAAAAAAAGUAUUAAACGCCA